AUUAAUUAAACUGCUUUUGUGAAACCCCACAUGAAGAGUGGAAGAAACACAUCACUCCUUUAUUAUUUUCCAGUCACUUCAUUCUUCACUGCUUCAAAGAGUACUUUAAACCCUUUCUUGCUUUUAAUUUUCAACCAAACAUGGGAGGAGAGAAGAUGGAGGAUUUGUGGCAAAAAAUGGUUUUUCCGGUUAGACGAGUUUGGGGUGCUGUUUCUGCUCGUGUUAAGCCUCGCAAAGAUGGUGCUGGACUAUUGAAGCUUCAAGGUGAUAUACAGUCCUGUGGAUAUGCUGAUAUACAGGUGAUGUGGGAAAUGCUUGGAGGGAUGGAGUCUGAAUUGACAUCUCGGCACAUUAAGCACAAGGAAUCAACCGUUGUUUAGGGAUUUUGUAUGGUUCAACCAGAGCGCUAAACCAUCCUCCUCUCCAGAUCACACCAUUAAGAUGGUAUGCUGCACUGCAACAAUAAGAGUAUCUGAAAGAGUGAAGAGAUGUAUGCCACUUAUAUUUCUCAAUCACCUGAGUAGAUAUGGGGACUUUCAUGACAACAUUAUCAGUUGUAAAUAUCCCAUGGUCCUGAUGAUGUAUGAAAAAAUCGGCACUAAAUAAAGAAGCUCUGAAGAGCUCAAUUUUCCUA